AUGAACAAAGAGACAGAAAAAGACGAGUUGAGUAGGAGAAUAGAGAAGUGGAAGGAGAGAAUGGGUGAGUUGGACAUUCUGAAUACGUAUAAUGAGUUUUACGAGGUAAUCAAGUACAUAAAUGGCGUAUUUGAGGAGAAGCAGGAGUCAAAGGACGUCGAGUUGAUGAAGAGGCAGAUUCUGAGGCAGCAGAAGGUGAGUAAGACGUGUCAGGAGAUAAGGAGUGUGAUGGAGAAGACAUUUGAGGUGGAAAAGAUGAAGCAGCUGGCUGAUAGGGUGGAGAAGGAGAUGUCUGAGUUGAAUCAAAUGCAUGAAUGA